AUGGCCCUUUCUCGGAUAGCCAAGCGAGUGAUGGCCCAUAGAUACCAUACCCUGCCAUUGCUCGACACCUAUCAACUUGUUUCGAAUGGAAUUCCGUCAGAGGGUACUACACCAAGUCGAGACUACAUGGAAUAUGCGACUAUCCGUGAACAGAGAGGCCGCAAUUUCUUUUCGCCCAGGAAACGCAUGCAAGGGCAUGUUCUUCCGUCGAUUUCGCAUUAUGAUGAUAUUCUGGCGCAUUGUAUGGCACGUUGGUUGCUAGUCGACUAUAAACUCAAUGCGUAUCCUUAUUAUGAUCUCAACGUCCUAACUGUAUACACCGAUCUGCACCAGUCGCUGCGGUUCUCGCGAAUGAUCUUAAAUUAUUAUGAGCGAACGGUACCGCAAGAGCUCUACCAACGCAUCAACUUUUUCCUGCUACCACUUCACAGCAGAAGUGGCGUCAAAGUGGACGUGCCUGACACAAAAAUUACAGUCCUACAAGAUGGCUUGUUCUCAUAUUCGCCAAGUUUCCGCAUUGAAGACCCGAUAUACAUUAUGAUGGCUAAUGACGUUCUACGGUACCUUUCGCAGGACUAUAUUCGCAGAUUACCGUCUCAAGAGUGGGAACAGCGUUACUUCGAUUUCUACCCCGAUGGAAGUUUCAGUGAGAGAUUCAGUAAAGAUAUCGAUUACUGGUGCAACGUUACACUAAAAAUAUUGGCACCCAUAUUGGAUGCUAGCAAAGUGGCUGAAACUUAUAUUCCGUCAAGGCUUGUGCAGCUGUUCACAUUGCUGGAAAAAUGCGCGCCGGAACAUAAAAUUUUAGCGAUCGAUGCUGCGCUGCGACAGCAAUCGUCAAUUACAAGCUUUAUGCAGUCUUGGUUGGGUUCAGGUGUCAAGAGCUUUACAGCUUUCGAGCCAAACGGGCCCUUGGAUCCCUUGAGCUCUUUGCAAGCUACAUCCUUUGUUUCAGACUUUUCCGAAAUACGCAAGAUCUAUGCAUCUGUAUACGAUGGAACUAAAAUAUGCCAAUCUGAGGAAUUAGCCGAUUUUACAGAGAACUGGCUUGAUUUGGAUGAAAGCGAACGAAUUCUGGGGGAAAAGGAUUUGGCAUUGAGGGCACGAUGGAUGAAAGACGCAGAUCUCGAUGUUCUUCAUAGCUGA